AUGUCGCCAGUCCAGAACUCAGCAGCGAUUUUUAACUCUGUUCCUCAAGGAUACCCUGUGUUGAAUGAGACCAUAACUCACGCAUCCGAUACAAUCGACUUGGAUAAUGUUCCACUCUCGGGUGGUACCCUCGUCAAAUCGGUGUAUUUGUCUAUCGACCCAUACAUGCGAGGGAGAAUGCGCAAACCAACCUCACAAGCAAGCGGAAACUUCGUUUUAGGCCAACCGAUACGAAACUUUGGGAUCGGAAAGGUUAUCCGUUCUGAAAAAGAUGGUAUUCACCCAGGAGAUCUGCUAUAUGUGCACGACCUUCGAUUUCAAGUCUACAAUGUACUGAAAUCCGAACACCCAAUUAGGGUGAUCAAAGAUGAACCGGAUAUUCCACUCUCCGCAUACAUUGGUGUUCUUGGAAUGCCCGGUAUGACGGCGUUUUACGGGCUGGAGGUUGUAGGGAAUCCUGUCAAAGGAGAGACUAUAUUUGUCUCGUCUGGCGCUAGUGCGGUAGGAUCUCUGGUAGUUCAACUGGCCAAAGCGAAAGGUCUCAAGGUCAUAGCUUCUGUUGGAUCAGAUGAUAAAGUCGACUUCCUAAAGAGCAUAGGCGUAGACGCCGCGUUCAAUUACAAAACACAAAGUAUCGCAGAUGUCCUUGCCAAGGAAGGACCAAUCGAUAUAUACUGGGAUAACGUUGGUGGUCCGACGUUAGAGGCUGCGCUGGAUGCAUGUAAUACCAAUGCGAGGAUAGUUGUGUGCGGCGCUAUUUCACAGUAUAAUGCGUCAGAACCGUACGGAAUCAAGAAUACUACACACAUACUCUACAAACAGCUAACAGUUCGAGGAUUUGGAGUUCUUACUCUUGAACCAGAGUACGAGGGGCAAGCCAAUAAUCCGGUCAAGUUCUUGAAUGCUUUGGUUCCGCUCAUCCAGUCGGGGAAGAUCAAAUGGUCGGAGCAGAUAUACAAGGGAAUUGAGAGCGCAGGGGAAGGGAUUAUUGCUGUGCAAACGGGUUCCAACCCUGCAAAAGUAGUCAUCGAAGUGUAA